UUCAAAUUAAAUCGGUGCAUCAAAAAAAAUAGACCAUAAAUAUUCACACACACACACACACACACACACAGAUAUAUCUCAUAUACAUCACAUAUCGAUUUUGAAAAUUAAAAAAAAAAUGGACAACAGUAUUCAUACAAGUCCGGCAAAAAGAAUGGCCAACACGAAUGGUGGCGAUAUAGCAAUGAUUAAAAUGAAAACCAUUGAUCGUAUUCGUUGUGAUGAACCACAAUUCGAUAUGACUAUUCGUCGACAAGCACAUUUAAAAUCAAUGGAUGAAUAUUACGAUCUUUAUGAACAAUCGAUUAAAUCACCCGGUGAAUUCUGGACAAAUGUUGCACGUGAUUUUUAUUGGACAACACCAUUGCCAGUGAAUGAAUCAAAAAUUUUAAACUAUAAUUUCGAUAUAAAUGCCGGUACCAUUCGGGUAGAAUUCCUGAAAGAUGUACGAACAAAUAUCACCUAUAAUCUAUUGGAUCGAAUUAUUAAUCGUGGUUUUGGCGAUCGUAUAGCCUAUUAUUGGGAAGGCAAUGAAUUGAAUGAACGUUGUCAGUUUACAUAUUCAGAAUUACGUUCAAAAGUUUGCCGUAUGGCAAAUGCAUUGAAACGUAUGGGCAUCGGUGUUGGUGAUCGUGUGGCCAUUUAUCUUCCAGUUACAAUUGAAUUAGUAACAGCAAUGUUGGCAUGUGCACGUAUCGGUGCCAUUCAUACGAUUGUGUUUGCAGGUUUUAGUGCACAUUCACUUGCUGAACGUAUGUGUAGUGCAAGGGUUAAAAUAUUAAUAACAGCUGAUGGAUCAUUUCGUGGCGAAAAAUUUCUUCAUUAUCAACCAAUUAUUGAUGAUGCAAUUGAAUAUUGUUUAGAACGUAAACUACAAUUACGAUCAGUUAUUAUUGUUAAUCGUUUCAGUCAAUCAAUAAAUCGUAACAAAAAUCAAUAUGAAACAAUAGUUGAACAAUAUCAAUCUCGAUAUGAAUAUUUGAUGCAAUCAUGGAAACAGAUUAAUUCCAUAGAAUCGGAUUAUUGUGAACCAGAAUGGUUAUCAGCUGAACAUCCAUUAUUUAUAUUGUAUACAAGUGGAUCGACUGGCAAACCAAAAGGUGUAUUACAUACCGUUGGUGGUUAUAUGUUGACGACAGCAAUUGUAUUCAAAUAUGCAUUCAAUUAUCGUGAUGGAGAUAUAUUCUUUUGUACUGCCGAUCUUGGCUGGAUUACUGGACAUACGGCAAAUGUUUAUGGCUCGUUAGCAAAUGGUGCAACAAUUAUUCUAUUCGAAGGUGUUCCAGUCUAUCCAAAACCUGAUCGUCUUUGGACAAUAAUCGAUGAUUAUCGUGCAAAUAUUUUCUAUACAGCACCAACAGCCAUACGGUCAUUAAUGAAAUUUGAUGAUAAAUAUGUUCUAUCACAUCCGAUGAAUGAAUUGAAAUUAAUUGCAUUGGUUGGUGAACCAAUUAAUCGUGAUGCAUGGUUCUGGAUUUAUCGUAUGAUCGGUAAAGAACGUUGUCCAAUUAUUGAUACAUAUUUCCAGACUGAAACCGGUGCACCGAUGAUUUUUCCAAUACCAAAUGUCAUUGAUCUUAAACCUGGUUCAGCUACUGUACCAUUUUUUGGCAUUCUACCCGUUAUUUUGGAUGAAAAUGGUAAAGAAAUUUUGGGUACAGAAUCUGGAUUUCUUGCAUUUAAACAAGCAUGGCCUGGAAUAGCACGUACAAUUGAUGGUGAUCAUGAACGUUUUGAAUCCACUUAUUUUGAACGAUUUCCUGGUUACUAUUUUACCGGUGAUGCUGCAUAUCGUGAUUCAGAUGGCCAUUAUUGGAUUACUGGCCGUACUGAUGACCUGUUGAAUGUAUCUGGACAUUUAUUAUCAACAGCUGAAGUUGAAUCAGCAUUAUUGAAAGAUAAACGUGUUGCCGAAGCUGCAUCGGUUCCAAUGCCACAUACAAUAAAAGGACAAUGUAUUUGUGCUUAUAUUGUAACAAAAAAUGGUUACAAUUAUGAUAAUCAAUUUGAAAGAGAAUUACGUGAUUUAGUACGUCAUGAAAUUGGCCCGGUCGCUACACCUGAUCUCAUAUUGAAUGUACGUGCAUUACCAAAAACACGAUCGGGUAAAAUAAUACGUCGUGUAUUGGCAAAAAUUGCUUGUGGCCAAAAAUCUGAUUUUGGUGACAUAUCAACCAUUACAGAUGAAACAAUUAUCAAUCAUUUGAUUGAAAUUCGUAUGGCAAAUUCGGGCUGAUA